CUCCACACGUCUCUGGCACUGCCAGCUUCGUUUCGUCGCCCACACCCCUCCUCCCCCACCCACACACGUACAACAGUCUCUUCAUUUGCCGCAACAAAAUACAACAGUCUCUUCAUUUGCCGCAACAAAAAUAGAAACCCACAAAAGCUCCGGUGACCUAGAUCAAUAACCACCAUCUCCACAAACAGGCCAGCACGCAGUAGGUAGCUAUAUGUCGUAGACGAUCGGAGAUACCUUGAAAAAGAGGACCAGAGAUGGUGUUUCCUGUCAUCCUCCCCAAGGUGGCCGCACGAUGGCUCUUCACAUUCUACCGUGCCGCCAAGAAGCUCAGGCGCCACGCCUUCCAGCUCUACUACCGCAACACUGCCGCCAUCGCCAAGCCGCCGCCGCCGUCGUCCUCUGCCGUCUCGCAGCAGCAGGCUGGCGUCGCCGCUGUCGCCGCCUUCAAUCCCGACGCCGGCUCCGCCAUCCCUAACGCCGCCGGUCGGACCAUCGUGUGCGACAUGCACGGCGCCCUGCUGCGCUCCACCGCGCUCUUCCCCUACUUCAUGCUCGUGGCGUGCGAGGGCGGCAGCCUUCUGCGCGCCAUGCUGCUGCUCUGCGCCUUCCCUCUCGUCUGGGCGCUCGGGGAGCAGCGCCGCGGCGGCGCCGGCGUCCGGGUGAUGGCGUUCGUCACCUUCGCGGGGCUCACGCCCAGGGACGUCGACCUCGUGGCCCGCGCCGUGUUGCCCAAGCACUACAUGGAGCAGCUCAACGCGGUGGUGUACGGCAGCCUGUGGCUCCCGGCCAGGAGAAACGUGGCGGUGACCAGCGCGCCGCGGGUGAUGUCCGAGUGGUUCCUCAAGGAGUACAUGGCCGCCGACGCGGUGGUCGGCCUCGAGCUGCAGCACGUCAUGAUCGGCCGACGACGGUACUUCACGGGGUUGCUAUCGGGUCCUGCGACGACGGGGCCGUCGGAGCUGAGGCAGAAGGCGCUCAGAGAGGCGUUAGGCGCCGAGGACGACCUCAUGGCCGACGUGGGCAUCAUCGGCCACUCCACCAGCCCGCUCGACCAGCUCUUCGUCCCCUACUGCAAGGAAGUUUAUGUGGUGAGCAGAGAGAGCACAAAGAACGACAAGCUACCGCGGGACAAAUACCCGAAGCCGCUCAUCUUCCACGACGGGCGCCUCGCCUUCCUCCCCACCCCGGCCGCCAUGCUCGCCUUCUUCCUCUUCCUUCCGCUCGGCGUCAUCCUCUCCGUCAUCCGCAUCAACAUCGGCAUCGUCCUCCCUUACAAGAUCAACUUCGCGGUCGGCGCGGUCUUCGGCGUCCGCUUCCGCGUCUCCGGCCUCCGCGCCGCUCCGCGGGCGCCGGCGGACGACGACGACGGCGAGCCGCAGCUGCAGCAGCAGCGCAGGGGCGUCCUGUACGUGUGCACGCACCGGACGCUGGUCGACCCUAUCAUGCUCUCCACGGCGCUGCAGAAGCCCGUGCCGGCGCUGACGUACAGCCUCAGCCGGCUGUCGGAGCUGAUCGCGCCCAUCAGGACGGUGCGGCUGACGCGCGACCGCGCGCGGGACGCCGAGACCAUGUCCAGGCUGCUCAAGCAGGGGGACCUCGCGGUGUGCCCCGAGGGCACCACCUGCCGGGAGCCCUACCUGCUGCGGUUCAGCCCGCUGUUCGCGGAGCUUGCCGACGACAUGGAGCCCGUGGCGCUGGACGCGCAGGUGACCACGCUCUACGGCACCACGGCGAGCGGCCACAAGUGGCUGGACCCCGUGGCGUUCUUCGCCAACCCGGUGCCCUCGUACCGGGUGGAGUUCCUGGGCGCCGUGCCGCGGGAGUGGACGCGCGCCGGCGGCAGGACGGGCGUCGAGGUGGCCAACUGGGUGCAGCGCCGGCUCGGCGAGGCUCUGGAGUUCGAGUGCACCGGACUGACUCGCCGCGACAAGUACAUGAUGCUGGCCGGCAACGACGGCGUGGUCGCCAAGUAGAGAGCGCUGCAACAGCUAGCUGGGUGUGUUUUUAUUAUGCAUACUUACAUGCAUGCUGGGUAAAUUAUUGUUAAAAAAGCUAGUUACUGUAAUUUGCAUGGCAUCAGUAAUGGAUCUUUUGGUUCCGUUGUGUAAAGGAAAUUUGAUUAGCUGCAAAACUAAUCAAAUACUACUAUAGAUGCUUGGAUUUAAAUUCAAAUCAAAUUAGUAUAUAUUUCGUCUGAUCG